UCAGUUAUACAUUUUCGCUGCGAUAAAAUUUACAUUAUGUGUUUUAACAAACCUGUGCACAUUUCAGAGUUUGGAAUUAAGUUGGUGAAAAUCGUAUCAACAUCACGUUUAUAAGAAAGGCAUUUGGAGCGAAACGAUUCAAAUAAUAAUUUUAUGGUUUUUAUGUUUGCGACAAAGUCGUAUCAAGGAGAUUCAACGUUUGUUUUCUUUGUCCGGUGUUCAUCGCUUCUGGCUGUGUCGCGACAUUUGUAAAUAAUUAUUUGAAAUUCGAGACGAAGUCGCAGUGAUGUUCAGCUCAACGACACACUGUUUGUUUUUUUCAUACGAAUGACUUCAAACUGAAACACCGACAUACUCAAUUCUGCAGCGCGUGCCUUUUGUAUUCAAAUGCUGCACACAAAACAACAGACGCAUAACCGUUAGUACAGCCAUAGUUUUAGCUUUCUGAGAAAAGAGGCAGACGUCUGCACUUCAAUUUCGAUCGAGAGCUCAAGCAAUUCGGUUCACUUUUAAAACACGUGGUUUAUAUUCACACGAACGAUUCUUUUGAUUCAAAUUCAAUUUGAUAUUUCUGUUGUGAGCAUAAUUUAACAUUUUUGUAAUCGAAUUGUCAACGAUUUCACACAAAAAAAAAAUUGUGAAAAUGGCCGGACAAGUGAAAGAUCUGCAAAAACUGUGCUUUUUCAAUCUAAUUGAAUCCGAAAAUCUGGAUAAACUUCGCUUAUUGUGCGAACAGUUUGGCCGCGUAGUGCAUAUGAAUCAGCCAGCUUCAAACAAGCGGAUGGCAUUCACACUUUUUUCCAACGAAAGUGAUGCUCAACGCGCCAAAGAAGGUCUCACUGACAAAGGAUAUCGUGUAGACUAUGCGAAUGCUCGUGCCAACAAAGGUGAAAAUGGCAGUGAAGAUGGUGCCCGGCCGAAAGUCGAUAAUGACUUUCGUCAAAAACGAAAAUCCAGCCAACGUGGUUCUAGUCUUCAAGGCAGUGACCGUUCAUUGGACGGUUCCGUUGGAACGGAAAACGGUAGCGUCGAAGCUGGUUCUGUAAACAAAACAAAUCAGCCAUACGGCAAAUGUUUGCGGUGUACUGACAAGGCCUAUCACAACUGUGGUCGAUGUGGUGAUUUUUACUGCAGUGUAGAAUGUCAAGCGUCUGACUGGUUGAAACACAAGCGAGAAUGUUUCCCAAUGCCUAAGCUUGUUCCAGCUAAAUCAACGUACAGUCUCCAUGCAGGCAACAGCGAUUCAGUUGAAACCGUUAAGAGUCCUCAAACAAAAAAACUUGAUGCCGCCAAUGGUGAACAGAAAAUGUUGCAAGGUUCACCGCCAUUACCCAAAUCUGACUGUGUUGUUGCAACUAAGUCAUCUCAUACAUCGGACAUUACAUCGUCGGAAAAGCGUCCUUUGAUCGAUGAAAGUGUUGCAGCCGAUAAAAAAGCAGCACCAUCUCCACGAGCUCGAUUACUCUCUCAAGCUAGUAAUGGACCAACGUCACAACCAGCAGCACCAAUGACACCACCAGCUGCAUCUGUGACAUCAUCAGCUGCAAGCGGCAUGGAAAUUGAUUUAAUCGAAGAUGGUUCCGAAGUGUUCAUCAAUUACGUGAAAUCACAUCAAAUGGUUUACGUUCGAUCCGUUGCAAAGGACACUGAAUUCAGUAAGAUGAUAACCGAAGUUGGAGAAGCAUCGAAAAAUGCACCAAAACUAGCGACAUACCCGGUUCGCAACGACAUUGUGAUGGCUCCAUAUGAUGGUUUAUACUAUCGUGCGAUUGUGAUCAAAAUAAACAAAGAAACCGCUUCAGUACACGUUGGUUUCAUUGAUUUCGGAAAUUCAGUCGAAGUUCUGUUCAAUCAACUGAAAGAAUUGCCCAACGAAUUGCAACAACAUCGACGCAUGACCACCGCGGUUGUAUUGAAGGACAUUCAAAACGAAUUCGAACCAGAAGAAAUUGAUGAAAUGAAAUUGUAUUUGGAGGGUCUUUGUGCUAAUGAGACAAAGCUCAAAAUUAAAGGCGAUAAUUCGUUUGUCCAUACAAAAGACCUAGUUGAAUUGUUUGACAUAAUAACGAAUCAGUCGAUCAAUGAUGAAAUCAAGAAAAAGGGAAAAAGAUCUAAACGCUAUCGUCUUGAUGAUCUUGAAUGUUUGGUGGUCAAUACAAAGGAAGAAUCAACUUUGGUAAACAUUGGACCAGAACGCAUUCAUGAAAACCUGUUGACAUGCAUUUUCAAAGCAAAUAUACAAGAGUUCAUGGAUGAAGAUUCACGAAUUCAAGAGUACGGAAUGACAGUGAAGAAUGCGCCGGCCUACGUGCCAAAGGUGAAAGAGCUUUGCUUGGUUUUGACUAAAGAUGAUGGUACCGAUGUUUGGUACCGUGCUCAAUUCCAGCAAGAAUUGAUUGAUGACAAAGCCCAGCUCUAUUGCAUCGACUAUGGUCGAGUUCUCAAAACUCGCAUAAACAACAUUCGUGCAUUUCCAGAAAUCUUGGCUCAUCCGGUCACAUCCUUCAUUGGCCGUUUGAAAUCCGGCGACACACUUAGCCCAGAAGAAUUGAAAAAAUAUAUGGAAGACCCAUUCGUGGCCAAGUCUGUCGAAUAUGAUGGCGACAUGCAUAUCAUCACCGUCUAAAAUGGCUUCAAAGUUGUAUUCAGCAAUUGCCGAGUCAGCACACCAAAACGAGACCUCAUUCGAGAGAGUUUAUUAAAAUAAUGACGAAUUAAAUUCGCUACACUUACAUUUUUUUAUAUAUUUUUUUUUAACCGACUGGCAUAAUGCCUGGUUCAUACUAAUUGAUUAUAAAUCAAUCAUAUUUAAUCAACAUUUCAUCAUUUCAAUGUUAAGAUACAUUAAGAAUAUGAAAAUUCUAUUAAAAUAAAUAAAAAUUAGUUUUAUAUUGACAGAA